GCGGGAGAAGCCAUGAGCAGCAAAGUCUCUCGCGACACCCUGUAUGAGGCAGUGCGGGAAGUCCUGCACGGGAACCAGCGCAAGCGCCGCAGGUUCCUGGAGACGGUGGAGUUGCAGAUCAGCUUGAAGAACUAUGACCCCCAGAAGGACAAGCGCUUCUCGGGCACCGUCAGGCUUAAGUCCACUCCCCGCCCCAAGUUCUCUGUGUGUGUCCUGGGGGACCAGCAGCACUGUGACGAGGCUAAGGCCAUGGAUAUCCCCCACAUGGAUAUCGAGGCGCUGAAAAACCUCAACAAGAAUAAAAAACUGGUCAAGAAGCUGGCCAAGAAGUAUGAUGCGUUUUUGGCCUCAGAGUCUCUGAUCAAGCAGAUUCCACGAAUCCUCGGCCCGGGUCUAAAUAAGGCAGGAAAGUUCCCUUCCCUGCUCACACACAGCGAAAACAUGGUGGCCAAAGUGGAUGAGGUGAAGUCCACAAUCAAGUUCCAAAUGAAGAAGGUGUUAUGUCUGGCUGUAGCUGUUGGUCACGUGAAGAUGACAGACGAUGAGCUUGUGUAUAACAUUCACCUGGCUGUCAACUUCUUGGUGUCAUUGCUCAAGAAAAACUGGCAGAAUGUCCGGGCCUUAUAUAUCAAGAGCACCAUGGGCAAGCCCCAGCACCUAUAUUAAGGCACAUUUGAAUAAAUUAUAUUACCAGUUAAAAAAAAAAAAAAAGAA